AAUGCCUCACGACAUCAUCCUCCACGACGACGACAAAUCACCUCGUUCCGUUCCUCACUGUACAUCUUCACAGACAAAUCAAGCCUUCCUCACCCUCAAUUCAUCGUCCAAGCAAGCCUCAGCUCGCACACGCACUCUCCUCCACCAUCUCCCGCAGCUACCCCUCAUCAACCACCCCCGCCAUGUCUGAGCUCAAGGUUGGCGAUACCUUCCCCGAGGGCGUGUCCUUCAGCUACGCGCCCCUCACGCCCGAGAACAGCGAGAUCACCGCCUGCGGCAUCCCCCAGAAGUUCGAUGCCAGCAAGGAGUUCAAGAACAAGAAGGUUGUCCUCGUCUCGGUCCCCGGUGCCUUCACCCCGACCUGCCAGGUCUCCCACGUCCCCUCCUACAUCAAGAACGCCGACGCGCUCAAGGCCAAGGGCAUCGACCAGGUCGUCUUCAUUGCCUUCAACGACGCCUGGGUCAUGUCUGCCUGGGGCAAGGCCAACAACAUCAAGGAUGACUUCAUUAUCUUUGCCUCGGAUACCGGUGCUGCCUUCAGCAAGAGCAUCGGCUGGACCGCCGGUGAGCGCACCGCCCGCUAUGCCCUUGUGAUCGACCACGGCAAGGUCGUCUACGCCGCGAAGGAGGCUGGCGGUGGCAUCGACGUCUCUGGUGCCGAAGGUGUUCUCGCCAAGCUGUAAGCAGGGCAGCCAGCCUAAAUAAAUAGAGUGAAGGACGCCAUAGACUAUCAAUAGAAGGUCGUUGCGAAUCAGGACAUGUAUCACGGCACACGCAAAGCCAGCCAGCA